AUGUUGCCUUUGGCUCGAAGCCGGAUCGCGGCGUUCUCUGCCGCCUGGACUCCUCGCAUUGCCGCCCGGGCUAGCUACUCCACCACCGUCCCUCGUUUCUCCGAGAACAACAUCCAAGCCAACAACCCGAACCCCCCGCAACCACCCAAGCCCAAUGUAUCCGCCACCAAUGCCACUCCUGUUGAUGCUAUGGGUUCCCGGGAUGCACCUUUGAGGGAGGAUGUCGAGCUGCAGCCAAGAGAGAAGGCUAUGACUGGACCUCGUUUCGAGCAGACAAUCAUGGAGAUGCAGCCCCAACCUUAUGCCGCCAUUGAGCUCAUCCACAAGCAGCCCGUCCGCUGGACAAAGAAGAGAGUCGUCAGCUGUGACGGUGGUGGUGGUCCCCUCGGCCACCCCAGAAUCUAUAUCAACACCGACAAGCCCGAGAUUGCUACCUGCGGCUACUGCGGCCUGCCUUUUGCCCACGAGCAGCACCGUGCAUACCUCGAGUCCCUCCCCGCUACCAGCUACCCCCUCGAACCUACUGGUGAUGCCGCUGAGGUGAACGAGACUCAGCGUGUCACCGAGGGUGGUCUUGAACAGCGGUAA